AUGAGCAGCGCAUGUGAUGAGGAGUGUGUGUAUGGUGAAUACGAGGGUCGUCACCCGGGCAACGCCGGGGACCUCAGUCACCCGGGCAACGCCGGGGACCUCAGUCACCCGGGCAACGCCGGGGACCUCAGUCACCCGGGCAACGCCGGGGACCUCAGUCACCCGGGCACCGCCGGGGACCUCAGUCACCCGGGCAACGCCGGGGACCUCAGUCACCCGGGCAACGCCGGGGACCUCAGUCACCCGGGCAACGCCGGGGACCUCAGUCACCCGUGCAACGCCGGGGACCUCAGUCACCCGGGCAACGCCGGGGACCUCAGUCACCCGGGCAACGCCGGGGACCUCAGUCACCCGGGCAACGCCGGGGACCUCAGUCACCCGGGCAACGCCGGGGACCUCAGUCACCCGGGCAACGCCGGGGACCUCAGUCACCCGGGCAAUAGACCUUCCCAGGCAGACCACAUCAGUAAAGCCAACCACAUCUUCGCUCUUCCUGUUCUCCACCUCCCUCUCCCGUUGACCAGCUCCUUCUCCCGUUGA